UCUAUCAAAGAAGCACUGAAGUAAGACUGUCGAGAAGCUUCUUUGACUAAAAUGCAUCCCUCCGUCAUCCUUCUGGUCCUUGCCAUCACAACAUGGCUCUCUGAACACUUGGGAACUGCAACCGUGGUUGAAGACUUCAACCAUGUUGAGAGAUGCAAGGACUCGCUGUAUAUGGGCACUCCACCACGAGGCUUCAGAGAUAACUGGCUCAAGAAGAUCUGCCAGCGCUACGCUGACAAACCCAGAUAUGUGACCCUGUACGACUCCAAAAACCGUAUCCCGGUUUACUCAGCAUACACCUUCAAGAAAACAGAGGGUGAUCGGCGUGUGGACUAUCCCUGGAUGUAUGAACCUCAGCUUGCAGAGCUUGAUGGGAAUGGGAACAUGCUGCCGUUCCCCACCGGAUACUUACACAUGAAGUUUGAGGACAGCCAGGCAAUUUUGGAUGACUAUUCCGAUGUGGUUUUAUAUGAGAGAGGCCAUCUGAAUCCAGACCAGCACCAGUCAGACCCCCAGGACCGAGCAGCUACCUAUACGCUCACCAACGUCGUUCCAGAAAUACGUGAGUUCAACAUCGGACCAUGGCGGGAACACGAAGAGCGGAUCCGUCUGCGCCUCAACAAUUUCUGCCGGGGAACAGCCUAUGUUGUAACUGGGGUAACCACUACUGGAAACAUGAUCCGACGCAACAACCAGGACCGUGUUGGCAUCCCUGAAGAAGUGUGGUCUGCUUACUGCUGCACUGAUUACGACAGGAACGCACCACACAAUGUGCGCAUCCGCUUUCCAACCCAAGCUGCCCUUGCAAAGAAUGCAAAGGAUGGAAACAGAGUCCAAGAGCUCACAGUGCAGGAUCUGGAGAUCUACCUGACAAACAAAAUGUCUGUGGACAAGAACUUCCAGCUGUUCUAUGAUAACUGCAACUCACCUUCACCUCUUCCUUCCUACCUUCAUUAUACCAAAUGAUCUGACUUAUCUUCAGCUUAUAGCUUUGGUUGUGGUUUCUUUUUUCUUGCUUUCUUCUUUCCUGCAGGUUCUCUGUAAAUUACUGUACAAUUAUUUAGAAAUUUUGUAGAGUCAAUGUUAAAUUGAGUGGUUUGCAAUUUUAUACACUACUGUUUAAAUAUUUGGGGUAGGUAAGGUAUUUUUUUUAUUUUUUAUUAAUAGAACUUUGUUCCUAAAAAUUACAUUUAAAAUAAAUGCUGUUCUUUUGUUUUUUGU